AUGGCAAGUGUACUUGAUCUAAUCAAAAAAUCCACCACCAUUGUCGCUGAUACUGGUGAUUUCGACUAUGCUACCACAAACCCUUCCCUGAUUUUGGCUGCUACUAAAAAACCUCAAUACGCCAAAUUGAUUGAUGAUGCUAUCGAAUAUGCAAAGAAGAAAGAUGGUUCUAUUGACGAAAAAGUUGAAUGGGCAUUAGAUAAAUUGUUGAUCAAUUUUGGUUGUAAAAUUCUCGAACUCAUUCCUGGUCGAGUUUCUACUGAAGUAGAUGCACGGUUUUCCUUCGAUACUGAAGGUACCAUCGCAAAAGCAAAAAGAUUGAUAAACUUAUACAAAGAAGUUGGAAUAGGCUCUGAACGUAUUUUAAUAAAGAUCGCAUCAACUUGGGAAGGAAUUCGUGCAGCAGAGAGACUUGAAAAAGAAGGAAUUCAUUCGUGCGCUGAAGCCGGAGUAACAUUAAUUUCACCAUUUGUCGGUCGUAUUCUUGACUGGUACAAAAAUAGUACUGGCAAGGAUUAUUCUCCACAUGAGGAUCCUGGUGUUCUUUCAGUUACAAGAAUAUACAAUUAUUACAAAAAUUAUGGUUACAAAACGAUCGUGAUGGGUGCUUCAUUCCGUAACACCGGAGAAAUCAAAGAAUUGGCUGGUUGUGACUUCCUUACUAUUAGUCCAGCUUUAUUGUCUCAAUUAUCUAAGGAUACUGAACAAAUUGAAAUAAAGCUAAAUCCCCAAAAAGCAAAAGCUAACGUCGAACCUAAAAUCACAUAUGACGAAAAAAAUUUUAGGUGGGAUCUUAAUCAGGAUCAAAUGGCUACCGAAAAACUUUCCGAUGGUAUUAGAAAAUUUUAUGAAGAUGCUCAAGCUCAAAAAGUUCUAAAGAAUAAUAAUAAAAAAGAGAAGGAAAAAGUAGAAAAAGUAGAAAAGAAAGAAAAGAAAGAAAAGAAGAAAGAAAGAGUAGGAAAUGUAGAAAAAGUAACCACAGAAGUUGAAGAUAUUGAUAAUGAUGAUUUUGAGGUAUCCGAGUUAUUCUCUGCCACCGAUGUUAAAAAUAAUUCCGAAAAAAAAGAUUCGACGAUAACUCGAAUUUCAAAAUUUGAGAAAUAUUAUUCGGAACUUCAAAAGAAAUUACCUUGGGAAUUACCAUUGAACAUAAUGCCCCGUCAAACUCGAUUAAAUAAUCUUAUAUUCGUAACAACUAAUCGUGAUCAAGCUAAUCUUCUUGUUCAAGUUGUAGCUCAAUGGCGUAGAAGAUUAUUACCAAUAACUGCUAUUACCACAAGGGUAUUAAUUAAAAGAUUAAUCAUGCCAACAAUUGAUUCAUAUGAUUUAGCUUUGGAAAUGUUGGGAGAUAGAUCAAAAUAUGCUUUAAAACCCAAUCGAGAAAUCUUUCGAUAUCUUAUGUUAUCAAUUGCCAAUAGAAUAAUUGAAGGGAAAAAUGAAAAAUCGGAAUUAUUAUUAAAAGUAUUGGAUGAUCUUUACAAAACUUUUGGAUUAAUGACAUAUUAUGAAUCGUCACCAUAUGAUGUUCAUUUAUACAUGAUUUUAAUAUCUGCAUCACUGAAAGUAGAAAGUUGGGAAAGAGUUGAUGAGACAUGUAAAGAAUUUAUUAAUAUUUAUGAUAAAUUAGAUAAAAGUGCAAUUGAAUUUAAUACCAUUUCACAUAAAGAAUUAAUUGAUGGUGAUUAUGGUUCAAAAUGGAAGGAAGAAUUUGGUAUGGUUGAAAGGAAAGGAAUGAAAGAAUAUUUGGAAAAAGAAAGAUUUGAUGAAUAUUUAAAUUCCGUAAAAUUAUCAAGGCUGGAUUCGUGUAUAGAAGUAGCCAAUAUUAUGGAAAUUUGGUAUAAAGAUGAAAAAAAAGAUAAUGAAAUGUCAGAAAAAUUUAAAAAUUUACAUAACAUAUGGGAGAAAGAAUUCGAAUCUUAUAUGAAUAAAACAGUUUCAUAA